AUGGAUCAACAGUCCCACCACGGCCGGUCGCCGUCUGCGUCGGCCGGCCGCCAGUCCCAUCUGCAGCAGCCGCGGCCGGACCAGCAGCUUGAUAUAAACCAAUCCUCGCAUCACUCGCCCUCCCCCGGCGCUUUCGGAACCGACCCUUCAUCCGUUGGCCUUGGACUCCAGCAACAACACCAGAGCCUAGCCGACGCCGGCAUCUCUGAUACAAGCUUCGACUCCCUCGGCGGCGCGGCCGACUUUCUUGCGCCGAAUCAACAGUCGCAGGCCUUCGCACAGUCCGAUCCGGCCCUCUUCGACCCCGGCGCUCCCUUCGGCCAGCAGCAAUCUGGCGCCGGUCCCGACCCGGCUGCCCUCUCCUUCGACUCGCAGUCGCAAUCCCAGUCGACCGCAGCCUACCUGUCCCCCAACAUCAACGACGGCGACUUCUCCCUAUUCCCUGCCUCGGGUGGCCAGGGCGACCACUUCAACGCUCCCCUCUUCGAGCAGCCGACCCUCAGCCCCAACGACCUCAAUACUAUGACCUCUCCCCAGCCCCCACACUCUCCAACGCCGCCCAACCUGCUUCAACCAGACGGUCACCAUCCCGGCUCUGCCCAGCACUCGCCGUCCUUCAGCCAAACCCAGUUCUCUUCCCCUCCAGGCGGUCACUCAAGGAACGUGUCCCUCGGUCCGGAAUCCGCACUGCUCCCGGGUCAAGUAGCCGACUGGUCCCAGCCUCAGUUUCAGGGUCAUCGCCGGACGCCUUCGGAGUACUCGGACGUUUCGUCGGUUUCCCCGUCCCCCAACCUUGUCAGCUCCGAUUCCUUUGACGACCACGGCGGACACUCGCCUCUGCAAAGAGCAUCUGACGGCAGCCUCUACCAGGAGGUCCUAAACAUCGGCGCGUUUAGCAUCGCCGACACUCGUGGCAGAAGUCCAUCCCACAGCCCCGCCAUUAGUCCGCGGAUCAACCCGCAGCAGCUGCCGGACAUGAACCACACGACUUUUGGCCUCGCGCCCCCCAGCGCCAACUAUGGAACAUACACAGGUCUUUCACACGGUGGAGACUCUUUCCCUUCGCUUCAGCAAGUCGGUGAUAUGUCGCAGAUGGCGCCUCCUGCCAUCAACAUCGACUUUGCGCCCAACAACUCCAAGCCAGGUGUCUUCGAACAGUCGAAGUCUCACAUGGAUCAGGACUCUUUGACGCCGCCGGAACGAGGCCGACUCAAGUCUCGCCCUCGCUCAGUGACGGACCCGUUUCACCCAGGAGGGGCGGCCAUGGGCCGGCAGGGCAGCUCUAACAGUCUCUCCCCCAAUCCAGGAUCGUCUCUGUCACCCCGUUCCGACUCGUCUCGCUCGCUGUCACCCUUGGACAGGCAGGGAACUGCCUCUCCCCGGGGGCGUAGACAGUCCACAUCCGCCGUGCCAAACAAUGUUAUUGCGCUGCGCCUGGCGGACCCAGAAUACCAAGCCAGCCAAGAUUCCGGGGGCGCAAAGCGCGUGCAGAAACACCCUGCCACCUUUCAGUGCACGCUAUGCCCCAAGCGGUUCACGCGGGCCUACAACCUGCGGUCCCAUCUCAGGACGCACACUGAUGAGCGGCCUUUUGUCUGCACGGUCUGUGGCAAGGCCUUUGCUCGGCAACAUGACCGGAAACGACACGAGAGUCUACAUUCUGGAGAGAAGAAGUUCGUCUGCAAGGGCGAUUUGAAGGCCGGCGGCCAGUGGGGCUGUGGCCGGCGGUUUGCUCGCGCCGACGCCUUGGGUCGCCAUUUCCGAUCCGAGGCAGGGCGCAUUUGCAUCAAGCCACUUCUGGACGAAGAAAUGAAUGAGCGGCAGCGGCAGUGGCAGGAGCAGAGAAUGCAGCAAAACAUGGCCCAUAACAUGGCACCGCCUCCUAUGGGUAUGGACACAUAUCCGAUGGAUGCUAGCGGCCAGUAUGCGCUUCCCGCGGCGCUGCUGGCGCAGUACCCGGCGCUGGCUCAGAUGAACUGGUCCCAGUCCGACACGGGGGGUGGGAUGGAUGACGAUCUAAGCGGACGCUCCUCGUUUGAUGCCAGUGAUUACGACGACGGCGAUGACGGAGGCUAUGUGAGCGGACCCGGGACCGGGUACGGAGAAGGGGGCAUGAGCCAAAACUUUGGCGACAUGGGAUACGCCAGCGACUUUGGUGGGCGCUAG